ACUGCUUGGAUCUACACACGCACUGAUGUCUGCAUGCCUCUAGAGCCCUUGAACAGUCUAUGAGCCUCCUAAACCAAACUAGAAGUUGAACGUUUGAACUCCCGGUACUCAUAUAAUUCCCUCAUGCUGGUAGCCAGGCUUCCCCGCCGGAUUACAAUACCAUUCGAUCUUCUGACUACUUCCACGACCUCACAUGUCAAUCCUGGACUGUCUGUUUCCCUGCGAUAUCCAAACGUCCUUGACCUACGGACUUUCCAUACUUCCCGAUGCUGCCUUGUAGAAGAGUCCAAGAGUACGGGGAAGAGCAUUGAUAUUGAUACUCGUGGCAACAUAGACCUUGAGAGUAUCCUUCCGACGCUGUCUUCUAUUAUUCAAGAUUCCCGUCCUGCCUCGCAUGACUCAAGCCCAAAUCAUGCGGACGCCACAUUGAACGACCAAUCAAAAGGAGGCCCUCAAAUACGAGAGUUCCCCCUUGGUGCAGACGACCCUGUAAAGAAAAAGCAUGCCGCCUUCGCCGAGAUUAUAAAAAGAUAUAGAGCGGAAGUCGCGACUUUGGCUGCUACGGCCCAGCCCGACGACGAGGAGCUUCAAAACCUGAAGAGUAGUAUUCGUGUACCAUCUCAGUACCUGCCGAUGAGAAGAAAGUUUUCUUUUCCUGCAUUUCUCAGAUAUCUGAGUGUUCGAUACCCAAAGAGCAAACAGGUUUCCGACUGGUGGCUCAUCGAAUCCGUUGAGUCGUGGUUAGCGCUGUCCUCACAUGAAAGAGCACGUUGGAAACCGCCCAGUAACUAUAAUGCUGCUCACACGUCGAGUAGCCAAUCCGAAGCCAACAGUUCGUCUACAUCUAACACGCCGGUGGAGGCUGGCACGGAUGCGGACAACGCUGGCAAGGACGCGGACAAGGUGGACACUUGAUCAUGACUUCUCCGUUGUAUGUAAGUAACUGUUGUCAGAUCCUUUGAAAAUACUGAUAUGAUCGUGCCAUUAUCCUAGUAUUGACAUGACAUGUAGAAGUUCGGGUUGCAGCAAGUGAGCAUGUCCUCUGCUUCGCUUAAGCGCACAAAUCUUACGUUGCUAUAGCUUGCUACAUAGGACGCAUCCAGCGCAGUAUUUCUCCAGUAGAUAAUCAAUGACUCGGGUAAUCAGUUCGAGUGGUGUUUUGAGGG